ACAGCGGGAAGGCGCUGGGCUCCGGACGAGAUGCUGCUGGCGAGAUGCAUGCUGGCGGUGUUCGUCUCCGCACUGCUGAUGUGCUCGGGGCUGGGGUGCGGACCCGGCAGGGGAUUUGGGAAGAGGCGGCACCCCAAAAAGCUGACCCCUUUAGCCUACAAGCAGUUCAUCCCCAACGUGGCCGAGAAGACCCUAGGGGCCAGCGGACGGUACGAAGGGAAGAUCUCGAGAAACUCGGAGCGAUUCAAGGAACUCACCCCCAAUUACAACCCCGACAUCAUCUUUAAGGAUGAGGAAAAUACGGGAGCAGACCGGCUGAUGACUCAGCGCUGUAAGGACAAACUGAACGCGUUGGCCAUCUCGGUGAUGAACCAGUGGCCCGGGGUGAAACUGCGGGUGACCGAGGGCUGGGACGAAGACGGCCACCACUCGGAGGAGUCGCUGCACUAUGAGGGCCGCGCGGUGGACAUCACCACGUCAGACCGAGACCGCAGCAAGUACGGCAUGCUGGCGCGCCUGGCCGUCGAGGCCGGCUUCGACUGGGUUUACUAUGAGUCCAAGGCGCACAUCCACUGCUCCGUGAAAGCAGAGAAUUCGGUGGCGGCCAAAUCCGGCGGCUGCUUCCCGGGCUCGGCCACGGUGCACCUGGAGCAGGGCGGCACCAAGCUGGUGAAAGACCUGCGUCCCGGGGACCGCGUGCUGGCGGCCGACGACCAGGGCCGACUGCUCUACAGCGACUUCCUCACCUUCCUGGACCGCGACGACGGCGCCAAGAAGGUCUUCUACGUGAUCGAGACGCGGGAGCCGCGCGAGCGCCUGCUGCUCACCGCCGCGCACCUGCUCUUCGUGGCGCCGCACAACGACUCGGCGGCCGGGGAGCCGGAGGCGCCGUCGGGCGCGGGCCGCGCCGGGGGGCGCGCCGGGCGCCGGGCGAUCUUCGCCAGCCGCGUGCGCCCGGGCCAGCGCGUGUACGUGUGGCCGAGCGCGGCGGGGGAUCGCCGGCUGCUUCCGGCCGCCGUGCACAGCGUGACGCUGCGCGAGGAGGCCACGGGCGCGUACGCGCCGCCACGGCGCAGGGCAGCCAUCCUCAUCAACCGGGUGCUGGCGUCGUGCUACGCGGUCAUCGAGGAGCACGGCUGGGGCCCAUCGGGCCUUCGCGCCCUUCCGCCUGCGCACGCGCUCCUGGCCGUGCUGGCGCCCGCGCGCACGGACCGCGGCGGGGACGGCGACGGCGGGGGCGGCGGCCACCUGCCCCCGCCCGCGCCGGCUGCGCCCGAGGCGCCGGCUGCGGCCGACGCGCCGGGUGCCGCGGGCAUCCACUGGUACUCGCAGCUGCUCUACCAAAUAGGCACCUGGCUGUUGGACAGCGAGGCCCUGCACCCGCUGGGCAUGGCGGUCAAGUCUAGCUGA